CACACACACCACAAACAACACACACAAGAUCAGCUUUGAGUUCGGCAAUGGAGUUAAUUCCAAUAAUGUAUUCUGGAGUUUGAGAAUCAGAUGGGUGAAAAGGGCAGGUAUGUGACUCCGCCCACCUCUGAGCUCCACAGGUUAUUGUGGAUCAAACCCAACACUAGCAACCAUCUUGAUGAGGUCAGACCAGGCAUCUACAUCGGAGACCUAUAUGCAGCUAAAGACAGAUCCCUGUUACAGUCACUGAACAUCAGUCAUGUGUUAAAUGCAGCUCACGGUAAAUACAACGUAAAUACAGGAGAGAGUUUCUAUAGAAGCACCAACAUCACGUACCACGGUGUGGAGGCCUUCGACAUGCCCUCCUUCGACAUGAGCCCCUUCUUCUACAGUGCCGCCAAGUUCAUCAAGAACGCGCUGAGCACUCCUGGAGGUAAGGUGUUUGUGCACUGUGCGAUGGGUCUGAGUCGCUCAGCCACUCUGGUCCUCGCCUACCUGAUGAUUGAGGAGAAGAUGACGCUGGUGGAGGCCAUUACUGCUGUAGCAAAAAAAAGGAACAUCUGUCCCAACACAGGCUUCAUGGAGCAGCUACGCACACUCGACACACAACUGCGGAACUAACACAGUGCCCCUUAGUGCUACACUGUCUGUUUAUCAUUGUAACAAGCAGAUUAAACAUUUCCUGAGUGUCCUCCAUACACAUCCCUGUGAAAAGGCUGUUGCUACUGAAAAAAUAGCAUGUUAGGGCGAGUGCAUUAAUAUGAACCCGUGAUUUAAUGCUGCACUACUGUCAGAGCCAAUAGGAACAUAGGAUACAUCAGCAAAGCCAAUAGGAACAUAGGAUACAUCAGCAAAGCCAAUAGGAACAUAGGAUACAUCAG